GAAUAAAAAUACUUGCAGUUAGCACCAAACCAAACCCUAGUUUUGUUUACGUCCGAUCUCCUCCUCCUCCCCUUUUCUUCUCUCCCUAAACGUUUCCUUUUUGUUCUUCUUUUUGGUAAUCACGAACCAAAAACAUCAUAAUCUCGAUGAAUUAACUCCAUAUAUCGCAAGACCCUAAUCACGAAAUAGCUAGUGAGGACCUUAUCUUUAUUAAAAAAAUAAAAUAAAAAAUAGGUGAGUGAUUAGAGAGGAUGAGCAGUAGUAGUGGAAACCCUAAUAGCAGCAGCGGUGGAGGUGGAGGAGGACCGUGCGGCGCGUGCAAGUUCCUGAGACGGAAGUGCGUCGCCGGCUGCAUAUUCGCGCCCUAUUUCGACUCGGAGCAAGGAGCGGCGCACUUCGCGGCGGUUCACAAGGUGUUCGGAGCGAGCAACGUCUCAAAACUCCUCCACCAUGUUCCUGAGCAUAAACGACCAGACGCCGUCGUUUCAAUCUGUUUCGAGGCUCAGGCUCGUCUCCGAGACCCUAUUUACGGCUGCAUCUCUCACAUCGUCUCUCUUCAGCAACAGGUGGUGAGUUUGCAAACAGAGCUUUCAUAUGUACAAGCACACUUAGCAACUCUAGAGAUGCCACAACCACCGCCAGCUCCGGUGACGUCUUCAGGAUCUCCGCCGCCUCUUUCCAUAUCGGACCUCCCCACAAUAUCACCGUCUGUGUACGACCUCUCCUCCAUUUUGGAGCCGAUGACCACCACGUGGGCCAUGCAGCAACAACCUCGACCGUCGGAUCAUCACUUCGACGUCCCCUUGUCGUCAAAUAUGGGCGGAGGAGGCGGUGAGCUGCAAGCUCUGGCGCGUGAGUUUCUUCACGGUGGGCAAAUGCCAGCUCAUCAGCAACCGCUGGGGACUAGUGGUGGUUCUUCCUCAACAGUGAUAAAACGAGAAUGAAGCUUUAAUAAUGAGAUCUAUAGUUAGCCAUAUAUAUGUUUCUCCUUGUUAUAUAUAUAUAUAUAUAUAUUUAUGCUUGGUCGAAUUCGUAUUUAAAUUGUUGGCUAGAAUGUU